AUGUCCCCGUUUGACACCUCCUUGGAGGCUGGCGAUAAUACAAAGCAUUUAAAAUCAGCUCACGAUGCUGAAUUUGGACACGACGUACACAUCGAGAAGGUUGAGGCCGGGACGAGUAUGGACGAUGUCGCUACCAGUGUCGAUAAUAUCCCAAUAAGCUGGUAUGUGUGGAUGGUUGCUCUAACCGCCUCGACAGCGGGUUUGCUAUUCGGAUAUGACACCGGCGUCAUAUCGGGAGCGACCGCAUACAUGGGCAGUGAUCUGAACAACAGACCCAUUACGAGCAACGAAAAAGAACUUAUUACAUCUCUUUGCUCUGGAGGUGCCUUCUUCGGGGCUAUCUUCGCCGGCAAUACCGCAGACAGGCAGCUCACACAAAUCACCAAGUUUGGUCGCAAAAUGGCAAUCUAUAUAGGUUGCGCCUUAUUCAUCAUCGGUGCCGUCCUUCAAGCGGCUGCUUAUACCAUCGCCCAAAUGUCAGUCGGACGCGUUGUGAUUGGAUUCGGCGUUGGUUCAGCAGCCAUGGUCUUGCCGCUAUAUGUGGCGGAGAUCGCACCGGCCAAGUCGCGCGGAAAGCUCAUCGGUUUGAACAACAUGUCCAUCACCGGCGGUCAAGUCAUCUCGUAUGCAAUCGGUGCAGCUUUCGCCAGCGUGAAUCAUGGAUGGCGAUAUAUGGUCGGACUUGGUGCUGUACCUGCCAUCAUCCUGGCCGUCUUGCUGCCCUUUUGUCCCGAAUCACCUCGUCAUUUGAUCUACAAAGGCCGUGAAGAGGAAGCCCGUGUGGUCUUAAAGAAGAUUUACAAGGGCGCAAACGAGCUGCAGAUCGACGCUGUCCAAUUAGCAAUUCAAGUCGCUUGUGAUCAAGCCCGUGAGAUCAAUGAUGGCGGUACCACGUUUAGCAAAAUCAAGCAGCUGCACUGCGUCCCCAGCAACCUCCGUGCAUUGAUCAGUGCCUGCGGACUGAUGGUUAUCUCCCAGCUGUCUGGGUUCAACGGCUUGAUGUAUUACAGUGGCACAAUCUUUGGCACGAUUGGAUUCAGCAGCCCUAUGGCAGUUGGGUUGGUGGUUGCUGGUACCAACUUUAUCAUGACUUUCGUGAACAUGAUGGUGAUUGAUACCAUGGGCCGUAGGCGUCUUCUCCUUUCCACGACCUGGGGAAUGUCCGCUGGUAUGAUUGCGAUUGCAGUCGCCUUCAAGUGGAUUCCAUUUGAUCUUGAAUCGGGAACCCUCGAGUCAACCAGUGGAGUCCCACCUGCUGCUAUCGCGGUGAUUGUCUUCAUUAUCUGGUUCGUCGUUUUCUACGGCGUGUCUGUCGGUAACACUGCAUGGAUGAGUACCGAUUUCUUCCCCUUGGAGGUGCGUGCCAUGGGCACCAUGUGGCUCACAUGUUCCAAUUGGGGCAGCAAUGUCAUUAUCUCCAGUUGUUUCCUUUCCAUGAUACAGUCUAUGACGCCGUCUGGUGCAUUUGGUUUCUUCGCUGGUAUCUGUGGCCUUGGUUGGGUUUGGCUGUAUUUCUUUUAUCCUGAGGUAUCUGGACUGGUGCUUGAGGAAAUCCAAGAGGUAUUUGAGCAUGGAUUUGGAGUAAAAUAUGCUAACAAUUUGCGACGGGAGCGUAAGCAACUCAUCGAGGAGCGCAUGAAAUCUCAGGAUAAGCCCAUCGCGAUGGGGCAUUAA